AUGGCUUCGCUCAGGCAGGAGCACCACUACGGGCUCUCCUGUGGAAAAAAUAACAAAAACAGCCCCAACAGGACGCUGUACCAUGUCAAGCUCACCGACACGGCUAUCAGAGCGCUGGAGGCUUACCAACAACUCAAGAUCUCUUUACCAAGUGAGCCAUCCAUUUGUUUCAAAGGAAACCAAGGGUACAUCAAGAUCCCAGCUCCCACACCAGAGUCACCUACUGCUCUUCGCGUCUUUUCCUUCUACUUAUCCAGCGACAGCAAAGACCAACCUCAAGCCAGCUUUGACUGCAUCCAUCAAUACGUUUCAAGUGACGGCCGCGAGCAGCUGGAAGGUCAAGGCAUCAUCCAGGACAAGAUCACAGUGUGCGCCACUGACGACUCCUACCAGAUGACCCGUGAGAGGAUGUCUCAGGUGGAGAAGGACAGCUGGAGUCGCUCUGCCAUUGAGAUUAAACCCGGAGCCACACAUCCAACUAAAUGUGUCAAAAUCCACAAGAGGCCAGCCCCGCUGUCUGCAUCAGACAGCAGCUUCUAUAAGCAGUCCACCAACAACAACAAGAAGAACGGCGGCAUGGCCACGCCGACCCAAAAGCCCUUGAGGGAGCGCAUCAUCCACCUCCUCGCUCUCAAACCCUACCGGAAACCAGAGCUGCUGCUGUGGCUGGAGAGAGAAAGAGCCGGCCCAAAGGAUAAGGCCGAGCUGGGUGCUACACUGGGGGAGGUGGCAAAAGUGAAUCCCAAAGACAGCAGCUACCUGCUGAGGGAUGACUUCUACAAGCAUGUGCAGAGGGACUGGCCCGGCUACAGCGAGGAGGAGAGGCAGCAGAUCAGCAGGCUGCUGGCCAGGAAGUUGCAGCCACUUAUCGGCCAACAAUCAAGGAAUCUUUCAGAGAAUGUGUCGAUGCUGAAGACCCCAGAGGAUACAACGCUACAUCACAGCACAGCAAAAAACCCUGCAGUGAAACGUCCCGUGCCUUUUGACUCACUGGAAAGGCUAAAUGUUAAGAGACAAAGAUCUGCGAACCAGAAGUUGCAACAGCAGCCCACAGUAAACGGACCGUUGGACAACAAAGGACACAACAUUGCAGCUCCUAUGCUCAAUCCCAGUUUCCACACAAAGACUGAGUUUCAACGGACAAGUAACCAUACUGGUAACCAAAACGGCUCAUCAGGGGGCCACAUUGGCUUUCCUGUAAUGCACAAACUGUCUAGCGCCUCUGACACACCUGUCUCAGAGAGCACAGAUCAAGAACCCAAAGAAGGCAGCCACCAGACCCCGCAGGGGGUCUCUGACUGCGCUCAGCAGCAGCAGCUCGCCAGCAGCCAGCACAGGAAGAAGAAAUCUAAAAAGCACAAAGACAAGGAGCGGGAGAGGUUAAAAGACAACAAGAGCAGUGAAUGGUUGGAGACGAGUCCCGAUCUCAAGCAGAGCCUGGACAAACUUGACAAUCCUGACAUCACAAAUGCUGUGGCCUCUGAGGAGAAGCCAGAUUAUGUGCUAACAUAUGGCGCCAUCAUGAGUUUGGAGCAACGUGGAAGGUACCAGGAGGAUUUCUGUGCAGAGUAUGAUGAAUACAAAGACCUCCACUCCAGGAUCGCCACCAUAACUCACAUGUUUGUUCAGCUAGGAUCCAAGAUGAAAAGCUUGCACCCUGGCACACAAGAAUAUAAGAUAAUGGAAGACCAAAUACUAGAAAAGUACAACAAGUAUCGAAAGAGGUUCCCAGGCUAUCGGGAAGAGAAGAAACGCUGCGAAUAUCUCCAUGAGAAACUGUCUUACAUCAAACAGCUAAUCAUAGACUAUGAUGUCUCUCAGGCUUCUUCAUAGCAUCGGCUCUCCCCUUUAUCAGAUUGUUUUAUAUGGAACGCACUUCUUUGCAACAAAAUUGCCCUAAUGGUUUUUGCCAGGUUGUUAAAACCAGUGUCAGUGUCAGCCAUUUUAUUGGAAAUAUGUAAGAGGAAGUAAAUAUGACUUUUAUUGACUUUGUUUUUGACACAUGUUGUCAUACAUUGCUCGAUGCAGUGUUCUCCUUUCCAUUUUUCUAGAUUUAAAGACAUGCAGUGUCAUUUUAAAUUCCAUAUCAACAUUGCCUCAUUCAUGAUACUCGAUUUGAAAUGGCCCAGUGCAAAAAAAAACUGAACUGUUUGAAGUAAUUUUAUUUCAGGUUUAGCCUUCAUGUCUUAUGAUAUAAAUGGUGUGAGAUCAUUUGACUUGAACCCUUAAUGUUUCAGGCGUUUUUCUGGAAGCAAGACUAGUUUAAAGCCGUUGCUGCAUUUGCAUCAGGAUAUUAAAACUUGAUUUUUAAUAAAAUCUUUAAAAGAAGUUGAUUUUGUAUCGGAAACAAGUAAAAUUAUUUUACUCCUUGGUAGAAAAUAAUAUUUUUAGGUUAUGUAUAAAGUGUUUUUGCAAUAAAAGCAGUAAGGGGCUUGUACUUUCCACCUGAAUUCAUCUGAAUAGAUUUUCAAAUUAUUGCUAAUAAAAUACUUGCUAACAUUUUAAAAGCAGCUGAUUCCACUGAGAAAAUGGUUUAACAUGUUAAGAUUUAGUUGAUGCUAUCUCCCAAAUGCACUUGUGUUUAAAGUAUUUAUUCACCACACCCCUUUCUUUUGAGUGACUGGUAAAGGGACCAUCAUGCUUGGCCUUGGAUGGCUGUUGUAAUAUUUGUGUGAAGAAGGACCAUUUCCUCCCCAAAGCCAUUAAUGACAUUGUUUAUUGGUCCCCAGUUCUAGUUUCAGUAUUCUAACCCACUGGGUGUCUUUCUCUCUUGUUUUCAUUCUUUAGAACUACUGAUGUAUUUAUUUAUAAGCCACCUGCCUUUAUUGUGCUGUUUGUCUCCUCAGCUUGAUGCGUCAGGUCUUGUUAGAUCAAAGUGUUUGUCCGUUCCAAGUAGCUGGAUUGGAGUUUGUGAGCAGAUCAAAGGUUUUACGAACAUGUUACGUAACUGACACAGUUGUGACGAGUGAAUGGGAUUAUCAUAAAAAGUUGUGGUACUAUGUCAAACACUUGCCUGGAGGGUUUUUUAGCCUUCAGUUUCCAGUUAAUAAUCAUUGCCCAUUCAUUUUUUUGUUGUUGUUGUUGUUGCACUAAACCCAGUCUGAAAAAGGGGACAGUGGACUAGUUAAAAAUAUUCAUGCAGAUUGUAAUUGUCCAGAAUGUUAUCAUGCAGUCAAUGACAUGGAAGCCUUAAUAUUACACUUUUAUAGGACAAAAUCCAAAAAACUGCCAAUAUCAACAAGGAGUCAUUAUCCACACACAUCUGUUGUCUGCCUUAUAUUAUUGUUAGCUGUAACAUUUAAACUUGUUUUAACCAUUUCUCUGUUCAAAUGAAUGCCAACAGUGGCUUUCCCAUAUGUUUGCUUUCUAAAGGAAAUGUUUCAUCAUUUUAAUAAAAAAAAAGAGUAAUGCACAGUUUGAUUGGCUAUGACGUCAUUCCGCAUUCAUCCGUUGCAUUUGUAAUCCUUCUCUGUUUUUCAUAAUCAUCAUUGAGAUGUGUGGUCAGGUGCUUUUCAUUAGGACUACCACUUUGGUUUAUAUUGCGGCUGAUAUUCCUGUUGACAGCUCUGAGCACAUGGAGAAGUUUGAUUGGAUGAUCGUCUCCUGUAGGAUUCCUGUAAUUCCUCCAAUUCCUGCACAAAAAAGAUACAAUAGUUCAAAUAAUCUAUUCCAAUCAUUUAGUGGGUGGGAAUUAUUAUAAGGUUUCAGAGAGGGGACAGUUAUAAUGGCAUCAAGUGGUUGAUUUGAAGACCAUAAUUAUCUGUGGGUUAUUGAGUUUGAUGGAGACCAUAAUUAUCUGUGGGAUAUGCGAGUUGGAUAAAUUAAUCACUGGUGUUGAAGAUGGAAUAUUUUUUCCAAAAGCACUAAAUUAAUUUUAUUUAUCUGUGCAAGUCUUAAUCACAAGCUACAAAAGAAAAAUCAUGAAGUGUUUUGUUUUUUGGACUGGAGCUAUUUAUUUAUAAGGCACCAGUACUGCACAGUAGGUGUUUUUGUUUUUGUACUACAUGCUGAAAGGAAAGCCUCA